UAAUUAAUCUCCUUCUUUCAUUCUCCUGACAUGGUUAAUAUUCUGUUUGUUCUCACUGCAUCUUAAAGCAAGAGGGCUAUCCUUUGUUUGGCAAUUAUGUAAUAUGAUAUAAGCAUGAGGCUUACAACUUUACUGGUUGGGUCAUGGAUUGUGAAUAGGGUCUAAGUCCCAAUGUAUGAAGUUAUAAGGAGAGAUUGGUUGACUAUAUAUGAACCAAAUUUCUAAGAACAAUAUUUUGUCACCAUGAAAUAUAUUGACAGCUACAGAUUAUUUGUUUGGAAUGAAAUUUAGAAUGAGUAUAUGAAUUAUUUGAAAAGUAAACGUAUUUGAAACCUAAACUUUUAAUGUUCUUUGCAUUCGUUCUAUUUUCACAUGACCAACCGACUGUUCAGAUUUAAGAUCUGCAUAUUGUGAACAAUAUAGUAAAUUUCCAGUCUGAUCCAACGGUGAAUGAAUCCACACGAGCUCUUUUAUGGCGAGUGCUCGUUUCUACCAUGUUUUCCUUAUCAUGCAAUUUAGACAUGCGUCACUUAUUAUAGGUGAAGUCCAGCUCCUGAUUCUUUCAAUCGGGUAAAAGCUGCUUCAGAUAACAUCCCUUUUAGCAAAAGUUCAUUAUCAGCUGCAGUGGUAUCAUGCUGGGAUUCAAUUGAGGGAAAUGGAGCAUUUUCAGUCUCCUGAUUAGGCUUUGAAUAUUCAGAUGCAAGCAAGAAUAGUAUUUGCUUGAAUCAGAUUUCUUUUUAUUAUUCUUGAGGGCCUUGAACGGUUUCCCAAGACCCUCGACCUUCAUUCAUUCUUAGCUUUCUCCAAAGAUUGUUUCUUAUCAGUUUCUGCACUGUUUUGGUUUUGCAAAUGUUGUAUCCAUCAAGCUCCAAGCUCCCAUCUUACAAAAUAGUCCAAACCCGAUUCCACUUCCUCAAGCUUAGAAAGGUCUUCUUUUUUCAGUUUCUCCUUAAAAGUAUUGGAACCACUAAGCUCUUCAAACAUUUGUGUCUGGGUCAUCUGCUUACAUUGACAACACCUAAAGUGGUAAUGUCCUGCGUAAUCAAUGUGAAAUAUUAAUCGUUUAAAUGUAAGUAAAAGAAGUAACCCCAAAGCACCCAUUUAACCAUUCUUUAUCUUGAAGGGUUGUAGAACAUGACAAGUUAAAAGUGUGUGGUGUGUCGUCACAGAAGAGACAAGACACCGCAAACACACUAAAUCCAUCAUGCUACGACAAAAAAAAACACAUUUAUCACAAAAAAACCUUAAAAAGUUCUAAUACAAAAAUACCUUUUAGCAAAUAACACAAAAAUCAUAAAAACACACAAAAUAAAUAAAAAUGAAUAUCCUCAUGCAAGAAAUACUAGUAGAUAGAUAGAUAGAUAUAAAUUUUGGGCUGCAAAGAAGAAAAUGCUGGAUAAAGAUGAAAAACAACGGAUUGGUUUUAAAUAUUCUUUCAUCUUUGACACAAAGCCUACUACUACUAGUGAGGAUGAUGAGGAUAUUGCUCUUUUUUUGAAAGAUGGUGAGAUACUACAAGUUGAAGCCCGAAAGAAGGUUCGACGGGUUGAUCCAACUUUAGACAUGGAAGCAGACCAAGGAGAUGAUUACACUCAUCUUCCUGAUCACGGGAUCUUCCGAGAUGGUAGCAAGGAAAUACCUGAAGCUCAACAUCCCUUGUAUAGGAGAACAUUGUUACAAGAUCUUAACAGACAAGGCGCACUUGUUCUUGAAGGAAAAACUUUAGAUAUUAUGGAAAUGGAACACAUACAUGAAUCUGUUGGGGUUAGAGAGGAGGCGAGACGGAACAUAUUUUCUAAGAUGACCCAGAUUGAGGAUCUUCAGGCACAAGAUAAUCAUCCUUUUGCACCACUUUGUGUCAAGGAUCCUCGUGACUACUUUGGUUCCCAGCAAGCUAAUGUAGAACAAACAAGAGGUAGUUUGGGUUCUGAUAAGGAAGCCUAUGGUUAUUUGAGAGCAUCCAUAUCUAAGAUCAAAGCUAAAGGAUUAAAGGAUCCACUACUUAGUUCUGAGAUUGCUCUUAAUGGGUUGAUGACCAAAAAUGUUUCAGGCACUAAAUCUCAUCUUGAAAGUUCUCAGGAGAUCAGUGACCAUGAUUCAUUGCCCAGCACAGUGAGAGAUGAGCUACUAGAUCAUUGGAGGUGCAGUCAGGAAUUGCUGAGGCACUUUUGGUCUUCAUAUCCAAUAACAGCACGAGACCUUAUUAAUAAGACUGAAAGAGGCUAUAUCUCAAAUAUAUUCUAAACUUGAGGAGAUAAAGGUAUCUGCACACUUUGACCUGCGGCAUCAGGUUUCAGUAAUUGUCCAUCCUAUGCAGCAGCCUUUGGAGGCGGUUGUUACAUUAUGAUGCUGACAUUAGGAAAAGAAAUGCAAGAGGACUCAAGCCUAGCUAAUGGUUAUGUUUAGAAUUAGAGGAACUUGCAGCUUUAUUACACCUUAACUAUAACUAUUGAUGUAGGAAUGUAUAUUCCAUCAAUUUUGCCUCUUUCAACUAUAACUAUUGAUGAAUCAAAUACCCCACAAAAACUGGUUUUGUGCCCAUGCCACUGUACUGCUAGUGGAAUUGGAUCUCCUCAUGAGGAUUGAAUGUCCCAAAGAACAUGAACAACAUUGUUGGUGAGGAAAGCUUCCGUGCAAAUGAGGAAACAUGAAAUGAAUUAGAAGAGAAUUCAAAUUGUAGUUAUGAGGGGAUUAAAGUUUCCAAAGGUGGAAGAAACUUAUCUCACUGCAAAAUUUGUGGGCAGGAGGUGGAUGGUGAAAAUAAUAAAAAUAUGUGGUCACUCUUUUUGCUCUAGUAAAUACUACCAUGUAAGGUGUUUGUCAUGCAAGCAGAUUAAGUGUGUGUUUGGAUCAGCAUUAGCAGAAUCAGAUCUGGUCAGAAUUAGAUUUGGUAAAAGUGAGUUAAAGUAACGUGAUUUACAUUUGGAUACAUGCACCUGAUGAAACGUGAUUUCAUCAAAGAAAUUUCGUUUGGAUAACUUUAAUUAGAAUUGAUUUUAGGUGUCUAAUGACCAAAAUGGGUAUGAAUAUUAUAGUUAAUAUCAAAGGUUUCAACCAUUUUCUAUGUGAUGUUGGUACAAUUAUAACUA